GAACGCUGCCGCUCUUGAACGCCCCCGUUGCGUAAUUGAAACGCGGAGGGAGGGAUCUUUCCAGCAGUUAAUUUGAGAGGGCAGACCAUUCAGCACGUUGUCUAUUAACCAGCCUUGACUGAACUCUGUGUGUCAGAGUCUGAGGAUGAAGGUCGCUGUGCUUGGAGCCACUGGGCAGACUGGACAGUAUCUGGUCAACCAGGCGCUGCAGCAGGGUCAUACAGUCACUGCUAUCGUCAGGAAUCCAGGAAAACUCACCAUCCAUCAUGACAAUCUCAAGGUGGUGGAAGCUGAUAUUUUCUCAGCAGAGAGUCUCAAAACUCAUUUCAAAGGACAGGAUGUAAUCAUGUCCUGCCUUGGCUUCCCGGUCUCCAUCUUCUCUGCGGUGACGGGCUACACCCUGUCCAUGAAAGUUAUUAUCAGCGCCAUGCGAGAGGCCCAAGUCAACAGAAUCAUCACCAUGACCUCCUGGUACACUGAACCUAAUUCUGGAACGCAGUCACCUUAUCUCAUCCGGUUCCUCCUGCUGCCGUUGAUCCGAAGUGUCCUCACCAACAUGCAUCAGAUGGAGCAGUUCCUGCAGGAGACUGGGGACAUCAACUGGACUGUGGUUCGCCCACCUGGUCUCAAGAACCUGCCUGCCUCAGCUCAAGAGUUCCUGACCCAUGAGGGAUACUUUGUGCCUGACAAUAGUGGUUACCCUGUAGGGAGCACAGUGGGAAGAGGAGACGUGGCUCGCUUUAUGCUCUCUCUCCUCAACAACAAUGCCUGGGUCAAAAAAGGAGUUGCCAUCAUUACCAAAUGAAAAAGAAUACGCCAGUGUUUGUUGUAUUAAAGGGUCAGUUCACCCAAAGUGCAAUUUAAUCUCUAGUGGUAUCUAGAUGCAGAUAUUUUUAAGUCGGAUGUUUCAGUGCUGUGAGCACCACAAACAAAGUUCAGUUCAUCUCUGUCUAAGCAGAAGUUACAGAAAAAGAAAUAUAUCUUCAAACUAUCUUCAUGGUUAGAUACCACUGGAGUUAUGGAAAAAAAAAAUCUCUUUUUAUUGAAUUUGGAGGAGCUGGCCUUAAAUAAAAUGUGCUAUCAAU